AAGCUGUACCGCAUUCUUAUGCGGUCGCCGCACACAAACGUUGCUCCAUACCUCAUCCACGUUGCUCUGAGGGACAAAUGCAAUUGGACGUCAAGUUAUCACACAGAUCUCUCAAGAUUACUGUGAAAGAGAACAGAAACAGAGGUCGACGACGAUGUUGAUGAUGGAGUCCGCCAUGGGCGUUCGAUUUCCUGCCGGUGCCAAUUUCUGCUCCUUCACCGCUCUGCCUCGUACUUUCGACUGUCGUUCUAUGUGGAGCUCCGACGAGAUUACUGGCGUCCCUGUCACUUCUCUUCGUUCAUUUUAUUCUGGCAGCUGUGACGUGCCAUGGAGUAGAUUGCAAAGGCUGAUGGGCGGUUCGGUCUUAAGAAAAGGCAGUUUGCUGUUAAGAAAGAGCAUUCGAGCUUCCACAGAGUAUUUGGGGUCUGCUCCAGAUCCUGCAAAGCAGAAUAAGAGUCAGUGCUAUCAUCCGUUAGAAGACAUUGUUGAGUCUACAUCAGAAAAUUGCAGAGAUGCGAGACUCACUGCUACAGAGACAACUAGGACCAUCGUUGAGGUAAAUAACAAAGCAACUGUGAUGUUCACUGAUUUGAUCAAUGAUGAAAUUCAUGAAAAUGUUAUCUGGUCAGAGUUACCUUACGUGAAAGAUGAGCAUGGAAAUAUAUAUUUUCAAGUGAAAAAUGACGAGGACAUUUUGCAAACUCUUACAUCAGAAAAUAACUUUGUGCACGUUAUUGUAGGCUUCGAUAGAAUCAAUACUAUGGAAAUGUUGCAAGAUAUUGAGUUAUCAGGUCUGUCGGAGAUUGAUUUGGGGAUUGAGGAAAUUGAAGAUGAGAAUAGUGAUGAUGAAGAUGAUGAUGACGAAGAGGAAGAAGAUGAGGAUGAAGAUGAUUGGGUGGCUGUUCUUCAAGAUGAAGACAAUGAAGAUGAUUCUGAUUCUGACGAGACACUGGGAGACUGGGCAAAAUUGGAGACUAUGCGUUAUUCUCAUCCAAUGGCUUUUGCCAAAACGCUGGCCCAGGUUGCUUCCGAUGAGCCAAUAGAUUGGAUGGAGCAACCCCCUGCUGGUCUGGCCAUCCAAGGCAUUAUAAGACCUUCCUUACUUGAAGAACACUCUGACAUCCAGAAGCAUAUGUCUGGCAGCUACUCCCGCAAUCCUGACAUAAAUCAGGUUGGGGGCGAUGAGAAACUAGAUGAUGUUGGUGCGAUCAAUGGUGAGAAACAAGAAUCACAGCCACUCAAAGAUGGUUCAAUCUGGUCUGAGGAAUCAUUGAGGGAUGAAAUUCCUCGAAGUGGAACUUCAUUUUACAAGCUGGAGAUGAUUAAAAUUCAGCUGAUUUCAGAAUAUGGACAUCAGACUGUUGAAGUAGAAGACUUCAGGAAAGCUCAACCUGAUGCUAUUGCACACUCUGCAGCCAAAAUUAUCUCUCGCCUGAAAGCUGGAGGAGAAAAGAUUACACAAGCCUUCAAAUCUCUCUGUUGGAGAUUUAAAGGCAUCCAGGUGGAGGAGGCUGCACUUAUUGGUGUGGAUUCCCUUGGUUUUGAUUUGAGGGUUUGCUCAGGAACACAGAUCCAAACAUUGCGGUUUCCAUUUAGCACACGGGCAGCAUCGGAGUAUAGCGCGGAGAGACAACUUAAUGAUUUACUAUUCCCAACGAUCCACCACAUGCCACUAAAAAAGAAGCAGACUCAUGAAAAUGAAGUCUAAAAGUAACAUCUUGAAUUCAAUUUUAUAUGGUUUGUUCUAUCAAUUUCAAUGUAAUUUAGUACAUCAAAGAAAAAGGGAGGAGGAGAAGUCAGGUGCCAAAAUUUAUUUUUUUUUUUUUCGCAAUUUAAGUAUAUUGCUUUUCUUGCUAUUCAAUGCAAGCUAUUUUGAAACUGAGGCAGAGAUAUGCUGCAAGUCAUCUUGCCAAAUUUAAUCUCAAUUGAGAUCGAGAUGGACGUGAGAGUAACCUGAAACAAUGGUUGAAUGGUUCUCUGUGGUCUGAUAAUUGAAAGAAACCCUUUCCUUGAUGGAA